AUGAAGAGUUUGGAGUACAAACUGGCACGCCUUGAGGAGCAGAAUGCGUCGCUUCGGCAGAAACUGCGACACCAGGAGAAUGAGAUUAGUCGACUCUCCGUGCGUGAGUCGCAUCUGAAGGAGAUGCGGCGAAUGCCUCUACUACAGAGGCGCCUUAACGCUGUACUCACGGAGCGCGAGGAGCUCGAGUGCCGGCUUGCUGAGGCGCGCGGUAGGGAAGCGAAACUCUCGGAUGAGGUCAAUCUCCUGCGGAUGUUCGUCAAGCUAGACAAGAACCCAGAACUCGCGGAGACGGCGCGCCAGUGCGUCAAUCAUGAGCGCAUUCAAGAGGAGUUGAAGGCGCUGGGUGGGCAGCUAGGCUCCAUCGCGGCUGAGCGCGAGGAGUACAAGAAACGGGCACUACUUUCGUGUGAAGAGGCAGAAUACUAUCAUGCCCAGCUGAAUGUGUCAUGCGAUGAGAAAAAGAAAUUAGAAGCCUAUAUAGAAAAGCUGCUUGCUGAGCAAAUGACGACCGCAGCCGCGACUUCCUCGUCAGGUUGUGGGAUCAUAGGGCGAUGCUCGUUUUGCGGCGUGGACGCAGCAGCAACAACAACAACCAAAGAACAUCUUGAUAACGAUGACAUGCAGCAGCUUCGGCGACACCUUGAAGAGGAAAGGGCCCGCAGCGAAGCUCUGCAAGAGACUAUAGAUGCAUUAUACGAACAACAACGGGAACAGCGUCGAUCCUCUUCAAAAGAAUGGAAAAUGGUUAGUCCUUCAAACCUCACUAACGACAUGGACCCUGCUGGGCAAGGUGAAAACAAUUCAAGCAUAUAUGUCUUGCGUCGGCAUCUUGACUAUGCAGAGGGUGAGUGUAGGUUGAUAAAGAAUAGAUGGCAUGCGCUUAGAGAUCAAAACAAGGCACUGCUCUCGCGUAUUGCGGAAGUCGAGCUCGCGGAGGCCGCAGGCCGCAGUGAAAUUCAUAGACUCUCACAAGAGCGUGAACGGGUGAGAUAUGAACUUGAAUUUGUUCGGCGGGCGCAAUCCUUAGUUUCAUGUCGUCCUGAUGAGCGAAUAAGUCAUGAGGGUCCCAAUGAUCUUCCCGGCCUGACUCAGUGA